GAAGUAAGGUAGAUCGAAGUAAGUUGAUCGAUGUACUUCUGUCUUGAUAAUUCACGUCAAAAGUCGUAAAAAAUCAUCGCACGAAAAGAUUCACGAGAUAAUUCCAUUUUUCGCUGAGACAAAAUUUUCAAGUCAAUGUUAAUAAAAAAUGAACGAUCCAAUAACGUCUACCAAGUUUUACGGCAAUUCUCUAAUUAAUGUUUAUAAUGGUAUUGAAAAGAAAAUUGAAAAAGCAAAACAUAGAAGACCUGUUGAAUACGAAGACAGACAUAGAACAAUUUUUGAACCACUUCCUUACAAGAAAGAAUUUUGGAAACAAUCUGAUGCACUUGCUGAUGCAGCUGAAUAUUCACAAGGACCAGAUAUUCUUUGUUGCUUUGUCUUUCAAGAUGAGAAUGAGAGAAGACGUUUCAUUGUUACAUAUCCCGAAGAUUUUUGGAAUGAUCUUGAACAUUGCCCCCCAGAGAGAAGAGUUUUUUAUGAGGUGAUCCCAGAAAAUUCUCCAUGUUUUCUCUAUUAUGAUCUCGAAUUUAACACUGAAAUGAACAAAGAUAAUAAUGGAAUUAGGAUGACUCAAACAGUUAUAGACUUGACGUGUGAAUAUAUAAAAAAGUAUUGGAAAUAUCCUUGUAGUAGGAAUGAAGUAAUCAACUUAGAUUCUUCAAGAGUCGGAAAAUUUAGUAAGCAUUUAAUUUUCCAUACUAAAGAAGUAGCGUUUGAAAAUAAUUUUCAAGUAGGCUACUUAGUAAAAUCCAUUUGCACAGAUAUAAUAAAUUUUGUAUCUUGUGAAAGUACAGAACAUGAUAUUCUGAGUAAAUUUGACAAAUCCAAUUUAACAGAAUUAUUUGUUGAAACAAAUAAGGGAAAGAAAUUAUUUAUAGAUAUUAACGUCUAUACAAAAAAUAGACAUUUUAGAAUCUACAAGGCAACAAAAUGGGGAAAAAAUUCUCACUUACUUCAUGCUUCUGAUUGCGAAUAUGUUUGGAAUAAUACAGUCAAAAAUAAAGAUAUGAACAUAUUUAUCAAUUCCUUAAUUUCAUAUUUACCAAAGAAAAAGAAGUUAAUGUUAUUAACAUUUGAUGAGAAUAAAAAAGCACAAAUCCAGUCUUAUUCCCAAAAUGCAGAAGCAAGAUUAAAGCAGUCCUUCAUGUGUAAAGAAUAUCCAAAAUCACCGUACCCAGCUCUGAAUAAAUAUAUUGCUGAAUUUGUUCAACCAGGGAAAAUUCGAGAUACAAAAUAUAUGGAAACAAGACAGCUGAUAAUUUUUGAAAUUAUAGGAAAUAGAUAUUGUGACAACAUUGGUAGAUGGCAUAAAAGUAACAAUAUAUAUUAUAUUGUUGACCUUAUCAAUAAAAUUAUGUAUCAAAAAUGCCAUGAUGAAGACUGCCGUGGAUUUGUUUCUACUCCUAAAGCUUUACCAGUUGAGGUAACAUUUCAUUUUUCAGAUACAGCAGAUUCCGUUUUAUCAACUAUAAAUUGUUAGGGAAGAUUAAUUUUUCCUCAAAAAUU